AUAGAGAGCCUCCUGUGUGGCACCUUGAGGGUUAAACUUUUGUUGCAGAGACAGAGUAUCAGUGGCUUUCCAGGAAGAUAUAAGCCCCGAUUUAGAAACUGCCAUUUCUAAAAGGUAAGCCAAACAUAAAUUAGUUUGCACUGCUUUCUAUGAAAGGGAUAACUUGCCGCUCCCACUGUCUCUGUGUUAGUUUGCUUCUCUCUGUGCGGGCAGCCUGUCUGUCAUCUACAUAAUGUAUAUAUCAGGGCGAGGACCUUCACUCACAGCUAAUAAAAACCUCAGCGCAUGACAGAGGUGUCUUUUACUAUGGAUCCGUCUUACAAUAGGUCUCAAUUUACCGUGUCCCGUCAAUCAAAAGGGAAGUGUUUAUCUUCUCAUUCGAAGGCAUCCCUUCUCCCUCUGUGCCCUAGCCCCUCCCCUCGUGCUAGUUUCCAGCCCCUCAAAGAUGCUUUGUGCAAGAAAGUGCAAGUUCCCUCGUUCUGGAUUUAUUGAUUUUCCCUCUUGCUCUCCUCCUGGCUCCCCCCCAAAGCAAGCUAGCGGAGCAAAUGGCCCGGGUUCUCCCCCAACGCCUGACUUGCGUUUACUGGGAGGAGAGCCGGAGAGGGAGCGUGCGUUCGGAGCACACUGCUCUGACUGCGACCACAGACUGUUUUGUGCAGGCUGUCCUUCUCCUUCAAAACGGUGCAUCCCCUCCCCGGAGCAGCAGGCAGUGUGCCUCCAUUCAGCCACAUUUGGUAUGCAUGAGCACGGCUGCAGGGAGAGGGGAGGUGGCUUUCUUAAGAAGGUUCGGUGGCUCAGGAAACGCCACUUGAGUAGUCUCCCAAGUUCCAGGAAGCCUCUGCCCUAAUGGAAUUUGCAGGUGUGGAGAUGACCAUGGGAUGCCAAGGCCGUGGGGGACCGUCUAUUUUCUAGGCAUUGCUCAGGUUUGCAAUUUUUGGUUUUCCCGGUGGAAUUUGGAAGGGGUCAUGAAUCAAACUGAUGCUCCUCGUCCCCUAAACUGGACCAUCCGGAAGCUUUGCCACGCAGCCUUCCUCCCAUCUGUCAGACUUCUUAAGGCUCAGAAAUCCUGGAUAGAAAGAGCAUUUUAUAAAAGAGAAUGUGUUCACAUCAUACCAAGCACCAAAGACCCCCAUAGGUGUUGCUGCGGGCGUCUGAUUGGCCAGCAUGUGGGCCUCACUCCCAGCGUCUCCGUUCUUCAGAAUGAGAAAAAUCAAAGUCGCCUCUCCCGAAAUGACAUCCAGUCGGAGAAGUGGUCCAUCAGCAAGCACACUCAACUCAGCCCCACGGAUGCUUUUGGGACCAUUGAGUUCCAAGGAGGUGGCCAUUCCAACAAAGCCAUGUACGUGCGAGUAUCCUUCGAUACGAAGCCUGAUCUCCUCCUACACCUGAUGACCAAGGAAUGGCAGCUGGAGCUUCCCAAGCUUCUCAUCUCUGUGCACGGGGGCCUGCAGAACUUUGAACUCCAGCCAAAACUCAAGCAAGUCUUUGGAAAAGGUCUCAUCAAAGCGGCCAUGACAACCGGCGCGUGGAUUUUCACUGGAGGGGUUAACACAGGUGUUAUUCGCCAUGUUGGGGAUGCCCUGAAGGACCAUGCAUCUAAGUCUCGAGGGAAGAUAUGUACCAUAGGCAUCGCCCCCUGGGGAAUUGUGGAAAACCAAGAAGACCUCAUUGGAAGAGAUGUUGUGCGGCCAUAUCAGACCAUGUCCAACCCCAUGAGCAAGCUCACUGUGCUCAACAGCAUGCAUUCUCACUUCAUUCUGGCUGACAAUGGUACCACUGGCAAAUACGGAGCCGAGGUGAAGCUAAGAAGACAACUGGAAAAGCAUAUUUCUCUCCAGAAGAUAAACACAAGAUGCCUGCCGUUUUUCUCUCUUGACUCCCGCUUGUUUUAUUCAUUUUGGGGUAGUUGCCAAUUAGACCCAAUUGGAAUCGGUCAAGGCGUUCCGGUGGUGGCACUCAUUGUGGAAGGAGGACCCAACGUGAUCUCCAUUGUCUUGGAGUACCUUCGAGACACCCCUCCCGUGCCAGUUGUUGUCUGCGAUGGGAGUGGACGGGCAUCUGACAUCCUGGCCUUUGGGCAUAAAUAUUCGGAAGAAGGCGGACUUAUCAAUGAAUCUCUGAGGGACCAGCUGCUAGUGACCAUCCAGAAGACUUUCACCUACACUCGAACCCAAGCUCAGCAUCUGUUCAUCAUCCUCAUGGAGUGCAUGAAGAAGAAGGAAUUGAUUACGGUGUUUCGAAUGGGAUCAGAAGGACACCAGGACAUUGAUUUAGCUAUCCUGACAGCUUUGCUCAAAGGAGCCAAUGCCUCGGCCCCGGACCAGCUGAGCUUAGCUCUAGCCUGGAACAGAGUGGACAUCGCUCGCAGCCAGAUCUUUAUUUAUGGGCAGCAGUGGCCGGUGGGGUCUUUGGAGCAAGCCAUGUUGGAUGCCCUAGUUCUGGACAGAGUGGAUUUUGUGAAAUUACUCAUAGAGAAUGGAGUAAGCAUGCACCGUUUUCUCACCAUCUCCAGACUAGAGGAAUUGUACAAUACGAGACAUGGGCCCUCAAAUACAUUGUACCACUUGGUCAGGGAUGUCAAAAAGCGAGAAUAUCCAGGUUUCGGUUGGAUCUAUUUUAAGGGGAACCUGCCCCCAGACUAUAGAAUCAGCCUGAUUGACAUCGGCCUGGUGAUCGAGUACCUGAUGGGCGGGGCUUAUCGCUGUAACUACACACGCAAGCGCUUCCGGACGCUCUACCACAAUCUCUUUGGCCCCAAGAGGCCCAAAGCCUUGAAACUACUGGGAAUGGAGGAUGAUGUUCCCUUGAGGCGAGGAAGAAAGACAACCAAGAAGCGAGAAGAAGAGGUUGACAUUGACUUGGACGACCCUGAGAUCAACCACUUCCCUUUCCCUUUCCAUGAGCUGAUGGUGUGGGCCGUCCUGAUGAAGAGGCAGAAGAUGGCCCUGUUCUUCUGGCAGCACGGCGAGGAGGCCAUGGCCAAGGCCCUGGUGGCCUGCAAGCUCUGCAAAGCCAUGGCUCACGAGGCGUCUGAGAAUGACAUGGUUGAUGACAUCUCCCAGGAACUGAACCACAACUCCAGGGACUUCGGCCAACUGGCGGUGGAGCUCCUCGACCAGUCCUAUAAGCAGGACGAACAGCUGGCCAUGAAACUGCUGACGUAUGAGCUCAAGAACUGGAGCAACGCCACCUGCCUGCAGCUUGCUGUGGCUGCCAAGCACCGCGACUUCAUCGCACACACGUGCAGCCAGAUGCUGCUCACCGACAUGUGGAUGGGCCGGCUGCGCAUGCGCAAGAACUCGGGCCUCAAGGUAAUUCUGGGAAUUCUACUUCCUCCUUCAAUUCUCAGCUUGGAGUUCAAGAACAAAGACGACAUGCCGUAUAUGUCUCAGGCCCAGGAAAUCCACCUCCAAGAAAAGGAACCAGAAGAGCCAGAGAAGCCCACAAAGGAAAAAGAUGAGGAGGAUAUGGAACUGACAGCGAUGUUGGGACGAAACAAUGGGGAGUCUUCCAGAAAGAAGGAUGAAGAGGAAGUUCAGAGCAGACACCGGUUAAUCCCCCUGGGCAGAAAAAUCUAUGAAUUCUACAAUGCACCCAUUGUGAAGUUCUGGUUCUACACUCUGGCGUACAUCGGAUACUUGAUGCUCUUCAACUAUAUCGUGUUAGUGAAGAUGGAGCGCUGGCCUUCCACGCAGGAAUGGAUCGUCAUUUCGUACAUAUUCACCCUGGGGAUAGAGAAGAUGAGAGAGAUCCUGAUGUCAGAGCCAGGGAAGUUGUUACAGAAAGUAAAGGUGUGGCUGCAGGAGUACUGGAAUGUCACAGACCUAAUAGCCAUCCUUUUGUUCUCUGUGGGAAUGAUCCUUCGUCUCCAAGACCAGCCCUUCAGGAGUGAUGGGAGGGUCAUCUAUUGUGUGAACAUCAUUUAUUGGUACAUCCGUCUACUAGACAUCUUCGGCGUGAACAAGUAUUUGGGCCCAUACGUAAUGAUGAUUGGAAAAAUGAUGAUAGACAUGAUGUACUUUGUCAUCAUUAUGCUGGUGGUACUGAUGAGUUUUGGGGUCGCCAGGCAAGCCAUUCUCUUUCCCAAUGAAGAACCAUCAUGGAAAUUGGCCAAGAACAUCUUCUACAUGCCCUAUUGGAUGAUUUAUGGGGAAGUGUUUGCGGACCAGAUAGACCCUCCCUGUGGACAGAAUGAGACACGGGAGGAUGGCAAAAUAAUCCAGCUGCCUCCCUGCAAGACAGGAGCCUGGAUUGUACCGGCCAUCAUGGCCUGCUACCUGUUAGUGGCGAACAUCCUGCUGGUCAACCUGCUCAUUGCCGUCUUUAACAAUACAUUUUUUGAGGUGAAGUCAAUAUCCAACCAAGUGUGGAAGUUUCAGAGGUAUCAGCUCAUCAUGACCUUCCAUGAGAGGCCGGUUCUGCCCCCACCUCUGAUCAUCUUUAGCCACAUGACCAUGAUAUUCCAGCACCUGUGUUGCCGAUGGAGAAAACACGAGAGCGACCCAGAUGAGAGGGACUAUGGCUUGAAACUGUUCAUAACUGAUGAUGAGCUCAAGAAAGUACAUGAUUUCGAAGAGCAGUGCAUAGAGGAGUAUUUCAGAGAAAAGGAUGAUCGAUUCAACUCGUCCAAUGAUGAGAGGAUACGCGUGACUUCAGAAAGGGUGGAGAACAUGUCCAUGCGGCUGGAGGAAGUCAACGAGAGAGAGCACUGCAUGAAGGCCUCACUCCAGACCGUGGACAUCCGGCUGGCGCAGCUCGAGGACCUCAUUGGGCGCAUGGCCACGGCCCUGGAGCGCCUGACAGGUCUGGAGCGGGCUGAGUCCAACAAAAUCCGCUCCCGGACCUCGUCGGACUGUACGGAUGCCGCCUACAUCGUGCGCCAAAGCAGCUUCAACAGCCAGGAAGGAAAUACCUUCAAGCUCCAAGAGAGUAUAGACCCUGCAGGUGAGGAGACCAUGUCCCCAACUUCUCCAACCCUAAUGCCCCGUAUGCGAAGCCAUUCUUUCUAUUCAGUCAAUAUGAAAGACAAAGGUGGUAUAGAAAAGUUGGAAAGUCUUUUUAAAGAAAGGUCCCUGAGCCUCCACCGGGCUACUAGUUCCCACUCUGUAGCAAAAGAACCCAAAGCUCCUGCAGCCCCUGCAAACACCUUGGCCAUUGUUCCAGACUCCAGAAGACCGUCCUCGUGUAUAGACAUCUAUGUCUCUGCCAUGGAUGAACUACACUGUGAUAUAGACCCUCUGGACAAUUCCAUGAACAUCCUCGGGCUAGGCGAGCCAAGCUUUUCGGCUACGGCACCUUCCACGGCUCCUUCAACCAGUGCCUAUGCAACCCUUGCACCCACAGACAGACCUCCGAGCCGGAGCAUUGAUUUCGAGGACAUCACCUCCAUGGACACUAGAUCUUUUUCUUCAGACUAUACCCACCUCCCAGAAUGCCAAAACCCCUGGGACACUGACCCUCCAAUGUACCAGAGCAUCGAGCGUUCCAAAAGUAGCCGCUACAUAGCCACCACACCCUUUCUUCUAGAAGAGGCCCCCAUGGUGAAAUCUCAUAGCUUUAUGUUUUCUCCUUCGAGGAGCUAUUAUGCCAACUUCGGGGUACCCAUGAAAACAGCAGAAUACACAAGUAUUACAGACUGUAUUGACACAAGAUGUGUCAAUGCCCCUCAAGCGAUUGCUGACAGGGCCACCUUCCCCGGAGGUCUUGGAGGCAAAGUAGAGGAUUCAUCUUGCUGCCAUCCUGAGCGAGAAGCAGAACUGAGCCACCCCAGCUCUGACAGUGAGGAGAACGAGGCCAGAGGCCGGAGAGCCACCAUCGCGAUACCUUCCCAGGAGGGUGAUAACUCAGACAGAACCGUGUCCAAUAACAUCACAGUUCCCAAGAUAGAGCGUGCCAACAGCUACUCGGCAGAGGAGCCAAGCGCGCCAUAUGCACACACCAGGAAGAGCUUCUCCAUCAGUGACAAACUCGACAGGCAGCGGAACACAGCAAGCCUGCGCAAUCCCUUCCAGAGGAGUAAGUCCUCCAAGCCGGAGGGACGAGGGGACAGCCUGUCCAUGAGGAGACUGUCCAGAACGUCCGCCUUCCACAGCUUUGAAAGCAAGCACAACUAAACCUUCCUAAUACGCAUUGCAGGAGGCUCAAGAAUCCAGCCCUAAAAUCCUCCCCGAACUCUACCUGUUCCCCUUCCUUGACACAUCCCUGCUUUAUUCUUAGCUGAGCGAAACAAGCAAUGCCUCGGGAGGUGUUAACUCAAAGGUGACUUCGGGGCCACCGAUCGAGAAAGCCUUUGGUCUGGCCCAGCGCCAAACACAGGGGCUUUAAGUCAUGCUCCCAAUUGAUGGGCAGGGAGGGGACAGAGGGAGGAGCAGGGUUGAGAUGAAUGUGUGUCAGUAGUCACUUCUGAAAGCCAUGAGCUCUGGGAAUGAAGGGGCUUCAAGCAUUCUCCAUGCCAGGAGGCAUCUUUCCGAUUCUGACCAUGAUCAAGAGUUUUAGGAUACAGGGCUAAGUUGCAAACUAAGAUAAAAUAAAGUAGCCAGCAUACAAAUGAGAUAUUCUAAACUUCAAUUCUGUUUUCUUUUCACAUUGGCUCCAUCACUGGUGACUGAUGAAGAGCAUCCUUUUUAUUCAGUAUAAGCCGGCAGCAAGCAGUUCUACCUAACGUCCCAACUCCUUCUCAUGCCAACACUUCUGUAAUUGAUCAUUAUAAAGAAAACACAAGGUAACAGUCAUAGUUCGCCUGUCUCUUAUAUAUUCACUUCUGGUGCCACAACUGUUUAUCUUUUUUGAAGAAAAUAAAGGGAAAAGAAAUGCCUUUUUGUAUUGCAAUCGAAAUGAAAGAAGAAUUGAGGCUAAACACAAGUGUCAAGUGGUUUAUUAUAUGCAGUGGGCAUUCGAGUAUAGUCAAGCAAGCUCAGGAUGAAUGUAAUUAAAUAACUUUAUAUUUUUUAAUUUAUUUUGUACCUCACCCAUCGUCAAGGAAGCCACUCACUGAAUAUGUGAUAGUGAACUCAAAGGAAAACAAAAAUAGUGGGCAGAACUCACCUAAAAUUGCCAUAUGGUAUACUGUUGUAUUCUCGCCAUUAGUGUCAUGUGCCAUGCUGCUGUGUGGCUGUCAUCAUUUGCAUGACUCUGCCAUGUCUUCUGAACAUCUCCAAGAUGUACCUGGAAAUUCUUCACACUACUCAUCACAUGACCAUUUUGUAUAUGAAGACCUGAUCACAUGUGGAUAUUUUCAUACCUAGAGUUUUGCCAUUUAAUCUGAGCUCAGCAUAAAUUUAAUUGGAGAUUUUCCAAGGGCUGGUAUCUUUUUUAUGGAAAUGUUCCAAAGUACUUUUUAAGGAAGUUUCAAAUCAUAAAUAACCUUAGAAUUGACUGCAAAUCUGGUAUCAACCCAAAGUCAUCAGUUGCAGGCAUACCAUGAAUAUUUUUCUUAUAUACAGAGCUAUAAAAAUGAUACAAUAGACUAAAAUGGAAAGCAAAUAAACCACAUAAAGACUUCUAUAGUAUAUGCUGCUUAUAUACAUAUAUAUGCAUUUACACAGACAUGUUUAUAUAUAGUAUAUAAACAGGCAUAUAGAGCUUUCUUAAGAGGCUUGGACCUUUUCUAUCACCUUGAGAUAUAACCAGGAUUUUUUAAUAUCCAAGAGUUCCACUGAAAGAGUUCAUUAUAUUAUGUUGGAUUUUGACAGGUGUUAAAAUUAUGACUUUUUAAAUCCCUAUGACCUUAGUUCCUCCUUGUACCAAACUAGACUGGCCAAAAUGACUGGCGACCCGCCCUCUGCUUUUCUGUCCAGAAGCACAUGCUGUGAUGACAUCUUAUUUAGUCUGGUUUCUUCUGCACAAAGUGAUUACGCCAAGUACAACCCAAAUUAGACAUGCAAUUCUAAGCCGGAUAGUAUUACGGACUCUUUAAUACAGGCUACUACUAGAUCAGAAUCUGGAUUUGAAGGGAGAUAAAUAAAUAUUGACCCUCAAAUCUUCAGAUUCCUACUUGUGUCACUGAUUUUUAAAAAGAAUAAAAUCUUUAAGAAAAAUGAUCUAAUGUUCUGGCCCACCCCAACACUAUGUGGUUCUCCUGUUUAGUUGUUGUUAUGAGCUCCAGAUUUUCUCAUUAUGUGAAAUCAAGUAAACACAUGGACAGAACCUCUAGCCUUCAAAUUUUUUUAACCCUCUGAACCAGUCUUUUGGAUAUGGAAAUAGUUAUGAGGCCACAUACAAAGAAUUAAAUAAUUCCUUUUCACUCUUUGGUACGUGGGUGAAUCGAAAACAAGCAACCAGCCUCCCUCGGAUGCAAUUGCUCUAGAAAGGCUUACAUUUUUACUGAGCCCCACACUGGCUGUUUCCCUUUCAGCAAACAUGUAUUUGGUCUGAGAAUAAAUCAGUUGCCCUUAAACUACCUUGAGUCAUGAAUCUCAGUGAGAAUCUGGUGAAAUCUUUGGGCCCUCCAGAAAAGAAUGUACAUAGGUGCAAAGUUGCAAUAUAACCUGCAAGGGCCCACGGACCCCUGGUUCCAUCUUGAGUGAUAACGAGGAAGAGGAAUCGUGGUUGCUCAUAAUCAAUAGUUGUAACAGGCACUUUACAUUUGAGACCAUUUCUCUGUGAUUCUCAGGAAGGCUAAGUCUCAACACCAGAGUUUGAACCAAGAUUUCGUUCUUUUCGUCCCUUAGAUUCUAUUUUGCUAGCAUGAUAUGCUUGUAUCCUAACGUUUGAUGAUUUUAAGUAUGGAGCACACUUUAAAAAGCUGGAAGGCUCUCCGAGAGAGUCUGUAGAGGAAUCCAAGAAGGAGGUGAAACCAUUAAUCUUUGACCACAGAGCAGGACAUCACUGUACCUCCAGGGCCCCAUUCUGGACCAGACUGAAAGUGAGGGAGAGAAAUUAUGUGCACAAGUGUUUCCCUUCACCGUGAUUUCUGGAGAGAACAGAACAGGACCUGGGAAGCACAGUACUUAACGGUCCUGACCUUGUGACUGCCUGGUUCUUUUGUUGUGCAGGAAAAUAAAGUUCUUACAUCUUCUGUGAAGUGUGCAAAAUAUACAAGCCAAAUUUCAAUCUUUAAACUUCAGCUGUGCAAUUCUCAUGAGCCAUUUCUUUCCUGUGCGCCUACAUGUGUGUCCUGUUUCAACCCAUUUCUUCCCAUUUCUGGGUUCUCUGCACACCGAUGUGGCAUCGAUUCUGUGGCCUUGUACAGUCAGCUUGUGUUCAGAUCAUUUAUCCCAUCAUGUCCCCGAUCAAGGGGACGUUAAUUACCUGUCUCUGUGAAUUAAGUAGCUUGUGGGCAGCACAUCAUUGAGGAACAUAAAUAAAGUCAUAGAGAGCUCACAGAAUUAAUAGCUCUGGCUUCAUUUCUGCUUUUGAGGUGCCAAUUUUAUAUACUACUAUAUGUAAUGAUUCGUUCUAAAUUGCUUGUUCCAUUUGAAAAACAAUUGUUUUAUGAAAAUAGCCAUGGAAAUUCCCUGACUGACCCACAUGCUUAUAGUUAGAAACUUCCUCCUUGAUGGAUUUGAACGAGAAGCUGGAAAACUUGGGCACAAUUGUCAUGGCUACGUUAUAUAUUUCUCCAAGCCAGAAGGUGUGUGUUAGCAGGCAGAAUGCAGCACUUUACGGAGCUGGAUUUCUUUUUAAGUCUAAGCUUCCAGGUCUAGGAUAUCUAUUUAGCACUUUGAACCUUCCCCUUUAAAAAAAGAAAAAAAAAGAAAUAUAUAUAUAUAUAUAUAUGAAUAAUCCAGUGGGAAAACUGUACUUCUAAAAACACAAAGUGUGUUUCUUCUGAAUGUUUCUAAGGUACUCUAAAAGACGGUUUCUAUAGAUAAUAUUAUGGUAGAUAACUGGAUAGUACAUUUAUUCUACUUCCUGAGGCUCUACAGUCUAAUCUUCCUGAAUGUUUGGGCUGUUUAACUUCUGUAAUGGUAAUCAAUAUUAUCCAGUCAUCCAUCAUGCUGUAUCUAUAGGCUGUACCAUUCAACGUGUCAGGCAAUGCUGUAUUAUAAAACACAUGCACAUGUAUAUGUAACCCAUGUUUUUAACCCAGCAUAGUUGUAGCAUGUGGUUGUAUUAAUGAACGUUACAGGACAGCUUUGCUAAUCAUUGACAAAUCUGUAACAUUCAAUAAAGAAGCACAUGUUGCCGGGAUUAAGUAAGUUCCCAAUUCCAUGUUAUUUAGCCUCCUCGUAAAAUGAGCACUUUUGUUCCUGAGCUGCUUUCUGUUUUUCACAAUCCUGUAGGCCACUAGGAAAUACGUGUAUAAGCUGAUGUACACCCUCUAACCAGCCCUGUGAGCCUUGGUAGGUGAAUUGUGUUUUGCGAAAGAUGAGCUGGCAUGUUAUGCAAAAGACUAUAUGACAAAUGAACUUAAAAUAAUAUUUUAAACUCCAGUUGAAUUAGCUGUUUGUUUACAUCUGCUAACCCCAUGUGGAAGCAGGGUACAGUAUUUUAUAAAUAUGUUCAUUUAGUAACACUGAUACGUUUGUUUCUAGAUGAAGUGAUGCUAGUGUGUAGGUGGUUAUAUAUGUUCUAGAUAUUGCAUUAUUACUCACUAUUCUUUAACAAUAGCAAUGUAACUGAAAUGAAGUAACCCUCCCCCAAAUCCAGUCUUAAUUUUGUGGCAACAAAAUGCAUGCACUGCUUUAUGCGUUUCUUUUGACUUUUUAAGGGCACUUAACAUUUUACUAUUGCCUGCUGUAGCACUUAAAAACCAGCUAGGAACUUGCUCACGCUGUUGGGCUGCUUACACUGUUUGGGGAUUAUGUUCAAUUUUUCAAAAUUAAAAACAAAAAAGUAACCAAGGGGUUUUUUUAAAUCUUUUUUUAAGCUCUGAACAAAUAAUGUGAAAGAAAGUAUUAACCACAGGGUGUAUAGCUAGGGGACCCAGAGAUGGCUGGCCAACAGCGGUCCAGGUGUUGAUGCAUCUGUGAUAUAGGAAAGACCCGUUUCUGAUUCUUUAGGGCCACUGGGUACAGAUUGUUAAAUGAGACGUGAGAGUGAGAAGUCCAUUGGUGACAAUGCAGAAAUCCACAGGUCAUGGUGAAUGAGUGGUCCAGUGAUGCUGGUGCCCUCCCUCCUACUUGGUGGCUUUUCUUACCUGUGUAUGAGCCUGGGCUGGGGGGAGAGCGAGGGGUGGGUGACUCCGUGUCUGAUCAAGAACUAGGUGAGUCUGAAGAGUUUGCCCUUUAAAGAAAUCACCAUGUCAUUAUCAGAAGCCAUUCCACAUCUGGAAAAGAGAGGAGCCAGUUUGCACAGUCUUAUAAAUGACUGUUCCUCAAACGGGUAGAGAAAACUUUUCUCUCAGCCUGCACUGGCCUAAGCUUUCGCUUCCUUUUACAUGUCAAACAUUCUCUUUCCCAGAUUGGGGUCAGCCAAAGAGGCUUUGGUUCUGAUUUAAGGAAAACAUGAUUUUUCUUUUCUUUUCUUUUUUAACGCACUUGAGAAGGUCCCCGCGUUACCUUUUCUCUGAGUUCCUUGCGCUGAUCGCUGCUAAUGAAAUCAAAACAUGACGAUUUCUACAUGUUGUCUAAGGAAGGAUUUCAGUGGCCACAUAAUCCACAUGGCAGUCAGAGUGAGGUGAAUUUUCCCUUCCCUAAUUCACCUUGUCUGCGGGUCCCCAUAAGCCUCCAGGCCCUUGCCUAUUUGCACAAUGUUUGUGAGCUGGAAAGCGAAAAGGGCACACGUGGCCACGAGUCCACGGGCUAUCUGCAGAGCAUCGAAACCAACCUUGACCCAGGCCUUCCUCAGGGACAGGCAGCCUGCUGAGAGCAUUGGGUUACAGAGGGAAGUUCAGCUUCACGCCUGAAUAUGCAUCCUUCGUCACCCCCUUAACUUUCCUUUCUCUUCGCCCAGCACAACAUGCUUUUUUGCCAGACCAACAGACCCUUGCUCCUAGUACCUCAGUACCCCAUGGAGCCAGGCACAAUAAGCUGAAACAGUGGCUACUUGGAGAAAGUCCAGCUUUCAGACUUUGUCCCGCCCUAAUCUUCCCGUUAACCAAGGCUGCUCCCCGUACUCUCCCCCAUGCCCCUGACUCAGCUGGCGUUUGAAUCCGCCCCUUCCAGUUCUUUGCCCGCCUGAAUCCCAAAAAGAGUCCCUCCUGUCUUCACCCCGGCUCCCCCCAGAUCAUCAGAACCAGCCAUCUGCAUCUAGACUGCGGGCUGCAACCUCAAAUAUAUGCAGGGGCUGGAGCCAGGACGCAAAUGUGCCCGUUGGAUGUUGAAAGACAACAGGAAGAAGUGGGGUUUGUAGGGCAUGAGAGAACACGUGUCCCGCUACAAAAACAUUCACAUUCAGACUUGUAAACACUCUGCUAGCCAAACAAAUGUGUCUGCCAGCAGCAUUCAGUCCCAACAGCACUAGUUUGGGACCUCUGAUUUAGGGCCAACCAGGAUCAUAUUCUUGAUCCUGACUUAGUGUAUACAAGAAAUACAGCGAGAACUGAGGCAGGGGCGGAGAGGAACUCACCCUAUUCAGGGUUAUUCCCGCUCUCCCGAAUGACGUAUGUGUGUGUAUUUGCUUAGCUGCAUCUUUCUGGACCCAAACGCAGGAUCUUUGUGAGGGAGAUUCAGAAGAAGAGUACCGUAGCAUUGUAUCGAGGCUUAUCUGCUUCCUGUCACUACAGCGUCUAACUUGAGUUUAUAUUGCUGUUUCUGCUGUGCAAAACAGUACAUGCAGUAUACUGUAUUCAUAAUCAUUUCAUAAUCUAGAACUUAGGCUCUCAUUUGUAAACAUUCUAACCAUAGUUUAUAAUGGGGGAAAUUCUUCAAAUAUCCUUUUUAAAUGAAUUCCUAUAAAUACAACAAUUUUGAAAUUGGGUUUGUUAAAUAUAUAUACAUCUUUUCCUUCUUUGUGUAUGGAUAGACAGCGGUUUGCAUAUCUAUCGACAUUAUAAAUAUAUAUAAAUCCUUAGAGGAAUUGUUCUUUUUUAAAGGUCUAUUAUUGGAUUCACAAUGCACUUUGAGCUUGUUUGUUUAGAUACAUAAUUCGAAGCAGAAGUUGGCAGAUACCAUGGGAAAAACUUUCUGAAAUUUCUGUAACAAAUGUUUUGCAAUAAAAAAAAAAAAACUUAGUAGUUUAAAACAUGA